AUGGAUCGCUCGCCCAGCGCAGAUAUUGAAGCCAUUCGGCAGCUAGUGGCGAGGUAUGCCUUUGCGAUUGACAGCCGAGACAUCGUGUCGCUCGAGAAAAUGUUCAUUCCACCAGCAGACGUAUCCGAGAAUGCGUUCGUCACGCCAUGGGUCCCGUCCGAGGGUCAGGCGGCGACCGCUCGGGCCGAUUCGGACCCUCACCAGGUUGCCGAGCGAUCAACAGCGAGUGAGCAAUGGAGGACGGCCCUGGCGUCGUUUGGUCCUAGCUUCCACUUCCUAGGCCAACACAUCAUCGACAUCAAGGGCGACGAGGCCACGGGCAUUGCGUAUGCAGUUUGUACUCAUGCUGUGGAGCCUGGGCCGCGAUGGAUUACGGUGCAGCUUGUCUAUGAAGAUGUGUAUGCUUUCUGGGACAACAAAUGGCUGUUCAAGAAACGAGACAUGCACGGUCUCCGAGCCUACGAAUCACCGCCUAGCAUUGAGAGCUCGGCUGUUCUUCCCUUUGGCCCAGCUCAUGAUGCACCAGACUGCUGGGCGACAUGGCGCGACUUCUGGACAAAAGAGAAGCGGGAUGACACUCACGAAAAGCAUUCUCAAAUUUAUUAG